AUGACUAUUGAUGGAGACGUACAUGAAAUUUCCCCAUUUUUCCAGGUUAGGCAAACUAAAUGGGGCGGUAGGGCUUGUUUCAGUAAUGGUAAUAUUCCUAAAGGGACAACAGUCUUGCAAGUCAGUAAUUUUACAGGAACAUCUAUUUCCUAUGAGUUCAGGAAGGAAGUUUGUCACAAUUGUUUCGCAUACGCUAAUGCGAAAACUAUGAAGUACAAACUAAACUACGAUUACCUGAGAGAUUUGGUUUGUAAUGCACACUACCAAAUUAACCCUAAGAAGUUUCUGGGCGCUGGACUGUGGUUCUGUUCAGAACAUUGCAGAACUUCUUAUCUUCAAAUACCAAAUAUCAUUGAAUUAAUUGAAUGUUAUGAGAUAUUACUGCAUCAUUUUCCAAGCAUGCUGAAAAGAUAUAAUUAUACCUCUGAACAGGAGGAAAAAUUAAACUCUAUCUUAAUUUCGGAAAAUGUCAUACAGUCUUCAUGGGAUGAGAUUGAAAGUAAAUGGAUACCGCGCAUCAACAACAUGAAAUCUGCGAAGAGAAUAAAUCAAUUACCACCCACUUGCGAAGAUGAAUAUUGCUGCAUUAGGUUUGUGUGCGAGAGUUUGUUUAAUCUUAAAUAUAUGGAUCCUCAGUGCAUAACAUACCGAGCUUUCAAUAUGUUACAAUCGAAUGAGCUUAGCAAAAUAUCUAAAUUUCCUGUCUUACUGCACUUUCAAAAAUUAGUAUUUCAAACACUCUAUAUUCUAUUACCUUCACAUUUGCAUAGAAUGCUCUCCAUACCGCUAUUGAGACAUAUAUUAGGUACUGAAUAUGGGAAUGCUUUUGGUUUAUGGCAAGAGGGCGAAGCCUCAGACAGCAGAGAAUAUUUUGGAUACUGGGUAUUUCCAGAAGCCUCCUAUUUCAACCACUCUUGUAACCCCAAUAUAACGAAAUAUCGUAAAGGUAAUUCAAUGCUAUUCACUAUGAAUAGAGAUAUAAAAAAGGAUGAGCAGAUCUGUAUCGAUUAUUCCGGGGUACUGGACUUACCAACAGUAAAACGCCGGGCCUUUUUGGCCGACAGUUGGUUUUUUGAUUGUGCUUGUGAAAGAUGUAAAUCAGAAUUGCAAUCUGUCCAUUAG